AUGGCGAUCUCUGGUGUAGCGACCGUGGCGAGGGGCGGCGGGUACCGGCCUGUUGGUGGUGCUGGUGAUGGUUGUGGUGGCGCAGCAGGGGGCGGCGCGAAUUGGUGGAGAAUUGGGGAUUUAGGGCACAAAUUGUUGCCCUUUGUGCACCGCCGCGAUCUGGGAUCUAGGGCACGAAUUGUUGCCCUUUGUGUGCCGUCUGUGCUUGCGAAUGUGGUGAGAACGGUGUGGAGUGGUGCCAGCGAUGGUGGCGGCAUGGGCGGCGGCGGGUUGGGGACUGGGGAGGGGCAGACGGGAUCUGGUGAUUUAGGGGAGGGGCCGAUGGGUCUGGGGAUGGGGGAGGGCCGAUGGGUUUGGGGAUGGGGGAGGGGGUGGCCAGCGCCGGCGUGUGGUGGCGGUGGGCGGUGCCGGCGGGUGGGGGUAAGGGAUGAGAGGUGA